UUUCCGUACUGUUCAAUUUAAAAGGGCAAGCGAGCUACACGAGAGACAUUAUGUAUUGCUUAUUACAACGCUGUUACAUGUGGGAGUUAUGGAAACAGUUGUCAGCGCGGAGCCACUGGAGACACAAUAGCAGUAGGCCUAUAUAACAUAUCGUUCCUUAAUCACUAGUAAUGUCUUGCUGGAUUUAGGUAGUUGAGAUUCACCUUUCUAUAGUCGUCGCCGCAUCGUGCAUCUUCUGAGGUUGUCCAAGACUUGAAUAAAUGAGGUGAAGCCGGGUCUUAUAUCAUUGGCUAAUCGAUUGAAUCGACCGGCAGUAGUUAAUUGAAUGCUCCAUCAGCUUCUGAUAUCCCCACUUUCACCUCGUCCCCGCGUAUAAAUUACAACACAAAUGGGUCUCGGAGCUGAAAACACAAUAUCCAGAGGCAAGGUAUCAGCUGCUUCCAUCGAAGUGUAUCUAGAUCAAACAGACGCGCUUCCAGGAACCGACCCCCGGCGGCUGGACAACACCAUGCCCGAGAAGGCUGAAGAAGAACGACCCACUUGGGGUCGGAACCUGGAGUUCAUCCUGGCGUCGGUGGGCUACGCGGUGGGACUCGGCAACGUGUGGCGGUUCCCCUACCUUUGUUACAGGAGCGGUGGAGGUGCCUUUCUCAUUCCAUACUUUACCAUGCUGCUCUUGUGCGGCAUCCCUCUUCUGUUCAUGGAGUUUGCUAUUGGACAGUACACACGCCUUGGCCCUGUGCAUGCCCUGGCUAAAAUAUGCCCCCUGCUUAAAGGUGUGGGUGUGGCCACCACCGUCAUAUCCUUCUUGAUGUGUACAUACUACAACGUCAUCAUUACCUGGGCAUUGUAUUACUUCCUCAACUCCUUCUGGACAACCCUGCCCUGGCAGUCCUGCAACAAUAGCUGGAAUGCUGUUGAAAACUGCUCAAGUGGUCUCACUGGCAACGCCUCUAACCUGCAGUCAGCCAGCCAGCAGUUCUUUGAUCGGAAGCUUCUGGAGAAGACGGAUGGCAUCGAGGAGGCCGGUGGUGUCCGCUGGGAGCUGUUUGGCCUGCUCCUUGUGGCCUGGGCCAUCGUCUAUCUGUGCAUCUUCAAGGGCGUCAAGUCUACCGGCAAGGUGGUGUACUUCACAGCACUGUUCCCGUACUUUGUGCUGUUCGCCUUGUUAAUAAACAACGUGCAACUCCCUGGAGCAGUCAAUGGCAUUAUCUACUUCCUGACCCCUGUCUGGGGAAAGCUGUUGGAAGUCCAGGUGUGGGUGAAUGCCGCGGCCCAGGUGUUUAACUCCAUCGGUAUUGGAUUUGGCUCCAUGAUCUCGUUGGCUAGUUACAACAAGUUCAACAACAACAUCCUCCGGGACACUCUAAUCGUUGCGCUCACUAAUUCGGCAACGAGUAUACUAGCUGGAUUUGUGAUAUUUUCCGCCAUCGGCUACAUGGCUCACGUCCAUAACCUUCCGGUGGAUGACAUUGCUACAGAUGGGCCUGGCCUGGUGUUUGUGGUGUACCCAGAAGUCUUCUCCACCAUGCCGGUACCCCAGUUAUGGGCUGCACUCUUCUUCCUGAUGCUGCUUUGUCUCGGACUUGAUAGCCAGUUCUCCAUGGCGGAGGUGGCCGUCACCUACGUCGUGGAUGAGUUUGGGGUCAAGGUGCUGCGCAUCUUCAAGAGGAGGGAGCUGCUGGUGCUGGCCGUCUGCUCGGCGUGCUUUCUCUUCGGCAUCCCCCACAUUACCAGGGGGGGCAUCUAUGUGUUUCAGCUCAUGGAUCACUACACUGCCGUGGUCUCCCUGAUGUUCCUAGCCUUCUUUGAAGUGUUGGCAGUCUGCUGGAUCUUUGGGGUGGGUCGAAUCUCAAAAAUGAUAAGGACAAUGCUUGGGAAAGAACCCAACCUCUUUUUCCGUCUAAAUUGGAUGGUGGCCACCCCCCUCCUGGUGCUGGUCAUCCUGGUGUCCAGCAUCGCGCAGUACAGCCCAGCACACUACGGAAAGUACGUGUUCCCUGCCUGGGCGAACGUGGUGGGCUGGGGGAUCUCCCUGCUCUCCAUCGUGUGCAUCCCCCUGGGAGCUCUGCAGGAGAUCUGGAGGAACGAGGGCACCUUGCUUCAGAGAAUAAAACAUGCAUUAAAGCCAACCAUAGACCUGGAUGCUGAAGAUGACCACCCAGAGGAGAAGAAAUUAAAGUUCCCAUUGAUAACCAUCAAAAGCCAUGAUUGAUUUGACACUGGUGAACCAAGCUGUGCUGGGUUAGUUUUGCAUCACACAUAGUUUUAAUAUGUUCGUCAACUGGCAUCCAUAUGCAGAGAGCUCAAUUUACAUAAUUUGUUUUUAGGUUAAGGGUCAUUUGGUUUUAGGUUUCUAUGGGAGUAAUGUUAACUUUUUGGUAGGAUUCUUAUUUUCAUUAGCAAAAUAUAUUGAAUGCCAUUUGUGUUUAUAUAUAUAAUAUAUAUAAGCUAAUUGUAACUUUUUGAACUUUUUCUCAUGCCGUUUUGACUACCAAGUGGCCCUUUAACAGAUUCAUUAGGUCAAGGCUAAGCCUACUGAGUCGUCUUUUAUGAUUCUUUUGUACUGGGCAUUUCACCACAAGGUUGAAUUUUAGCCAAUUAGGGAACCUUUUAUCUUGUGCCAUGACGUUGAAUUGGCCUAACAGGCAGGUAAUCCAGGAGAUUGCCCCCUCUGCUUUUUUAUUCAUUUGUUUUGCACCUUCCCAUGAUCCAUGACCUAGAUCUGCUCCGUAUCUUCCAGGGUUCUUGAAGAGAGAUAAGCACUGAAUAUUGUUUUAAAUACUCAGAUCUGUAUUUGCAAAGGUCAAACAAUGUCUCUAAAAUGUGUUAUACCAAAGAAAUUAAGUUAAAAAAUGUAUAUCGGGUUCGGAAUUAUGGAAUAACAUUUGGAUCACUGUACUACUGCCGCUAGAUUAUGUUAUGGAUAAACCAUGAAAUGAUAAGCCUUAUGGCCAUUUACUCUGUUGUACUAUGGCACAACAUGAUAAAUAAGUCUUUCUUUAGAGCAAAUUAUAAUUAUGUUAAAUAUUAUAAGCAAGCCUUUUCUUUUCACUGUUUUACAUUUUUGAAAAACCUACGUUUGCUGCUUAGGAGUUUAUAUUCACUUAAGUGCCUUAAUUCUAGAAUAUUGAUCUUUUCAUACAUACCUGAAUGACAAUAUUUAGUAAAUAUUUAAUAAAAUAUGAUGGAAUAUUGCAUGUGUUUUACGUGUUUGAUUUUGAUUUUCGUAAUCAAAAUGGAUUUUGGAGAUUUGAAUGGGUCUAAUGAACAUGUUUACUAAGUUACUUUACAAAAGAGGUUUGUUUUUUUACUAUUUUACUAUACAUAAAAUAAGCUGUUUUAAAUUUCAUGUCCUUAUUAUGUGAGCAUAAUAAGAGACAAUUAUGGAAUUCACAUGUUAAGAUUCUGCAAGCUGCUGUAACUAAGUAAUAAAAAUAAUAAUUAUAUAUAUUUGUGUAUAUGUGUAUGUAUAUGUAUGUGUAUGUAUACAUAUAUAAUAUAUAUAUAUACAUAUGUAUAGUACUGAAUAUCUUACUAUUAAAGCUUUUUUAAUAGUCAA